UAAUUUUGACAGAUAAUGCCCUUGUGCGUUUACUACCACUGUUCGCACUCAGAGUACCUAUUUCUUUGCCCGUUUUAAGUAGUUUUUAUUCAUUUAGCAGUGCGAAAUAGUUUAAAUCCAGUCGCCUGUUGAUACAUGUAUUUACAGUACAUAUGAAUAAGUUAGUAUGGAUCCUAAAGAGCAAGAAGAACGUCGGCAACGAAUAAAAGCCGGUGCAUUUUUAGCAACAGUUGCUGGGAUUUCAGCAUUUAUUGGAUUUGGUGCUACACUUUCAAGUGCCAAAAAAACGGAUCCUAAAUUCUUUAGCAAAGGAUUACAUGGCAGUCCUGAAUUAGCUGAUGCAGGAGCUAUUUUAGCUCUAAGAGCUCUGGGCUGGGGUACAGUCUAUGCUAUAACAGGCACUACAUGUUUAUGCUAUGGAAUAUGGAAACUGUCUGGUGCUAAAGAUCUGAAGGACUUCAGAGUAAAAAUGGGCAACUUAUUACCAGUUAUACCAAAGAAUAAUCCACCAAAAUCAAGAACAGAAUUCACUGGGAUGAAUGACUUAAUGACCUACUUAUCAGAAGAAUAUGGAAAACCAAGCAAAAAAAGUUAAUGUUAUUUGUAUAAAGCUUUAUUGUAGUCAUAUAAUUAUGAUAGUAUUAAAAUGAUUGUUCAUUAGAUAAA